UUCAUUCACAUCUUUAUGCGUCAUGAACCAUCAAGAUAAUCCAUUUAAUACCGAGACGUCUGGAUGUGGUUAAUGAAAACUUUCAGGCAGAAGACAUUGAAGAGAUUCUCGCUGAAAUCGAUGGAUCACAAAUUGAAGAAUAUCAGAAAUUUUUUGAUAUGUUCGAUCGUGGCAAACAGGGCUACAUAAUGGCCACACAGAUUGGACAAAUUAUGCACGCAAUGGAACAAGAUUUCGAUGAGAAACAACUGCGUAAAUUGAUCCGUAAAUUUGAUGCCGAUGGUUCGGGUAAGCUAGAGUUCGAUGAGUUUUGCGCACUUGUUUACACAGUCGCAAAUACCGUUGAUAAGGAAACUCUUCAAAAAGAACUUCGUGAGGCAUUCCGACUCUUCGACAAAGAGGGCAACGGUUACAUUUCUCGGCCAACACUGAAAGCUUUACUGAAGGAGAUCGCCGACGAUCUCAGUGACGAUCAACUGGAAGCAGCCGUCGAUGAAAUCGAUGAAGAUGGUUCGGGAAAGAUUGAAUUUGAAGAAUUUUGGGAGUUGAUGGCUGGAGAAGCGGACUGAUCGUUUAUCUUAAAUCAUCAUUCUCUUCAAUUAUUUCUUUUUAUUCUACUCGGCUAUUACCAACUAUUGUUCAAAAGAACCAUUAUAUGAAUGGCAUUAUCAUAUUUUUUAUGAUUAUGCUUAUUCGUAGCAAAAAUGAAUAUUUAAUAAAUCAACUAUAUUUUAUGUAAUAAUCAAAGUGAUGUGUUUAUAACAGUCAAAUAAAUAAACGUACAUUGUUUCGGAGGUAUUCACAACUUCAC